GUCGACGAGAGUGCGAGGAGGGUCGCAGUGUGGAGGUACUUCAAGGAGGCGGCCACCGUCGUCGUAUGCAUGCUCGUCGGCGGCAUCGGCUCCGAGUUCCUCCAGUCGCUCCUCCCCUACAAGACGUUCCAGCCGGGCGACGUCGUCGCCAACCUGCUCGGGUCCGGCAUCGCCCUCGCCCUGUCGCACCACGGCGCGCGGCAAGCCCGCCGCGAGGCAGAGCUGCGCACGCUGUACAGCGCGCUCGGCGACAUGCCGAGCGACGAUGACGACGACGAGGACGAGGGC